UUGAAUGAAGCGAGAGAAUUUAUUUACCUGUGUGCAUCAUCUAGGCGGUAGGAGACGCCCAGUGUGGGAACAUACAUACAAGUAUCUUUAUCAAAACCUUCAAGCUAACAUGGAUUAUAAAUUAAGUUAAAAUCAAUAAAAUCUGGACUUGCCCGGUUUAUUUAAAGAACAAAAGUAGCUUAAACUUUCAAGAUGCCGUCUCACGUUACUAUCGGCAACGAGACGGUUGAUCUCAAUGACUAUUUGUGUUCGACUAAAGGACUCUUAUUACCAUUGGUCAGCGAGUAUACAUGGAGUACAGGAGGACGUGCGUUUAUUUAUUUACUUGGAUUACUAUGGAUCUUCAUGGCUGUAGCCCUCAUAGCAGAUGUAUUUAUGUGUUCCAUUGAACGUAUCACUAGCAAGACAACAACUGUCAGAAUCGCUGAUGCGGAAUCUGAAGGUGGUUACCGGGAGAUGGAAGUGAAAGUAUGGAACAAUACAGUAGCAAAUCUCAGUCUGCUUGCCUUAGGAACCAGCGCACCGGAAAUACUCCUCUCAAUAAUAGAGACUGUAGGAAAUGGGUUCAAGGCGGGAGAACUCGGGCCAGGUACCAUCGUAGGUUCUGCAGCAUUUAACCUACUUGUUAUCUCUGGUAUUUGCGUGAUGUCAAUUCCAUCGCCAGAUACACGACGUGUCAAAGAGAUCAAGGUGUUCUUCGUCACUGGGUUCACCUGUAUAUUUGCGUACGUGUGGAUGGCGAUUGUACUGAUGGUAUCAUCACCUAACAGAGUAGAAAUAUGGGAGGGCGUGGUCACACUGGUUUUCUUCCCCCUCCUCAUUCUCAUCUCAUAUUUAGCUGACAGGAACUUCUGUUUGGGCAAAAAGGAAGAACAUGCAGAAGGCAUGGUCGGAUUUGCACUCGAGAAGGCCGAACCAUCGUCAGGUUUGUUAAAGAGUGAACUUGGCGGUCAAGGUCGCAAAUACAAAACUAUGAGCGGUGAUGGUGACGAGCCCUUAAAGACAAGGGACGCAGACAGUGACCUGAAUAAACUUGCAAGAACUCUAGGUCAGGAGGUCCGUGAUGGCGAUAUACCGGAAUCUGAAGCUGCUAAAAUCGCAAUCGCCAGAAUGAAUGAGGGACAGUCACAUGACAGAGGAUGGUACCGGAUCAAUGCAACGCGCAUGCUCACUGGUGGAAGGAAGCUUAUUCCAAAAGUGAUGUCCAAUUUUCAAGAGCUUUACGAUAAUACAAAGCUAACUGAAGAAGAACGUGCGGAUAAGGAUAUAUCAGUUAAGUCUAAGGAUCACACUGCAGGAGGUACGAAGGCUGUUGUAGAGUUUACAGCGGCUGCCGUCAGUGUACUGGAGAAUGAAGGAAAGGUCAGGCUCGGAAUUCGCCGGUAUGGCAAGAAAGAUAUUCCCUGUACCGUCAGGGUAGAAACAAUCAACGGAACUGCAUUGGCUGGCGAAGAUUAUAAGCAUUUUUGCGAGAAUGUAACAUUUGCCAAGAACGAGGAAUUGCGUCAAGUUUUUAUUGAGAUUGUUGAUGAUUGUGAAUGGGAACCGGAUGAGUUUUUCUUCGUCAAACUACAUGUUGUAAAACAGGAAGAUGGAAGUCACGAGCAUAUUGCCUUAGGAAACAUCUCUAUAAACCAGGUCACAAUCAUAAACGACGACGAACCGGGAAAACUGGAAUUUGCAAAGCCAAGUUUGGUUGUUAAAGAAAGCUAUUAUACUGCGCGUGUUCCUGUAAACCGUGUCAAUGGAUGUGAUGGUCAUGUGAGUGUUAAGUGGAAGACCACGGACAUAACCGCUAAAGAAGGAAAAGAUUUUGAAGGAAAAGAGGGAGUUCUGUUGUUUGACAACCAAGAAAUUUCCAAAAAUAUCGAUAUCCCGCUAUUUCCAAGCAAUAAGAAGGAACGCGAUGAAUGUUUUGCUAUUGAACUUGGCGAAUGUGACGGCGGUGCUGAGCUAGGAAAGAUCAAGAAAACCAUUGUUACUAUUGUAAACGAUGAUGAGUUUGAUGGCAUUGUAAGUCGUUUACUGAACAUGACUAAGGCUAACGUGGGAGCCAUGGCGCUUCAGUCUCAUAGAUGGGUAGAUCAAUUUAAAGAAGCAAUGAAUGUGAAUGGAGGUGACAUUGAAAGUGCAACCUUUCUCGAUUAUGUUCUACAUUUCUUUACAUUCGGAUGGAAAUUGAUUUUUGCGUUUGUCCCCCCUGCAAAGUAUUUGGGUGGCUGGCCAUGCUUCUUAUUGUCUCUUGGUGUUAUCGGACUUCUUACAACAAUCAUUAACGAUUUGGCGGGAACAUUUGGAUGUUUAAUUGGCCUUGAAGAUAGUAUAACUGCUAUCACUUUUGUUGCAUUGGGAACGAGUAUGCCGGACACAUUCGCCAGUAAGACAGCAGCUCUAAUGGAGAAGACUGCAGACAGUUCGGUGGGGAAUGUUAACGGUAGUAACUCGGUGAAUGUAUUCCUCGGUCUAGGACUUCCGUGGACAAUUGCCAGCAUUUACUGGGCAGCAAAGGGCCAGGAAUUUGCUUAUCCGGCAGGGUCACUUGGUUUUAGUGUCGUCAUCUACAGUGUAUGUGCGUUUAUAGCUCUAAGUCUUCUCUUGAUUCGACGUUACGUCCCCUUGUUUGGUCGUGCGGAGCUAGGAGGACCACAAGUUCCCAAAAUAAUUUGCGGAAUAUUCCUGAUAUCAUUAUGGGUUAUAUACGUCAUGUUGUCAGCUCUACAAGUUAAAGGAAUAAUAAAAGUUAACUUCUAAAUAAAAUUUAAAAAAACUGCUAUAGAACUGCCAUAGAAUAUUAUCUUCUUAGAUAGGCUGUUAAACGACAGGACGGUUAAAAAUAGUUUAUCUGUUUUAUUGUAUGACCAAAACCUUCUCUCGAGGCUUAAAGAGUUGAGGUCAUAUGCUGGAAAAUAAAGAUGUAAAGAAGCUUUUAGUCGGAAAUCAAAGUUACUUACCUAAAAAGGUUGUAAAAUAUUUGUCAACACCAAGGUUUUCCGGUUCCGGUCUUAUAAAAGAUAUCAGUUCAGAUUCAAGUUAUUUUAAUAAACAUUUUUUUCGAUUGAUCAAAUAUUUAUGCCCUGUCGAUCAUUUUUACUAGAUUUUGUUUAAAACAUAUACGAUAUAUAUGAUACAUGUACAAGAAUGUGUAAAACGCUUGUUCUGUGGUUAUAUGCUUCAUAGUGAAGUUUUCAUAUGGACAAUGGCGCAUGUCCGAAACGGAAUUUUAUACAAUAUUUUUCCCCGGUUAACAUUUCGAUAAUUACACUUUAUAAUGUGGCGCAUUUAAUCAUAAACCUACAUUAUCUGUUCGCAAUGUGUUGUAACUAUAUAUAAUAUGUAUAUAAAAUGCUUUCCUGCUGUACAUGUUUAUUAUUUUUUACUUAUUUUUUAUUCUUAAUAAAGCAAUAUACUAAUGUAAA